UUUGUGUGUUGCGCGUUGAGUUGUUUCAGACGGGAUUUGGGUUGUUUGCUUUUAUUCCUGCAAGACUUGAAGGGAGCGGAGCGGAGUGGGUGACUUUGCACAGUUGCUCUCUCAAAACUGUUCUUACCUCGACCGACUUGAGCUCCUGAAUCGACCACAGGUUACAACGUACAACCUCACUUUGGUCAACAGCAGGGACCCGACAAUAUGGCAUCCCAAAACCAACUCUUUCUGGGCACGUUUGUGCAUAGCAAAGCGCUUGACGAGCUCGAGUACCUGCACAAUGCCGCCGUGUGUGUCGACACAUCCGGGACAAUUGUCGCUGUCGAGAGGGAGUGCGAUGAGGCCAAGGCUAAGGAGACGUUGUUGCCGAGAUUGGGAUGGGAUGUGACCGAGGUAGAGGUGGUGAGGGCGAAGAAGGGGCAAUUCUUCUUCCCUGGGUUUAUUGACACGCACCUCCACGCCCCGCAAUAUCCCAACAUAGGCAUCUUCGGCAAGUCAACCCUUCUCGACUGGCUCAACACCUACACCUUCCCGCUCGAGGCCUCCCUAUCAGACCCGGCCAGAGCCCGCCAGGUCUACACGCGCGUCAUCCGCAAGACACUCUCCCACGGCACCACCUGCGCAGCCUACUACGCGACCAUCGACGUGCCCUCGACCAACCUCCUCGCCGACCUCUGCCUCGCCGCAGGCCAGCGCGCCCUCGUCGGCCGCGUCUGCAUGGACCAGUACUCGCCGGACUACUACCGCGACGCGUCGCCGGAAUCCGCCCUGGCGGACACGCGCGAGAGCAUUGCGCACAUCCGCCGCGCCGACCCGUCCAUGUCCCUCGUGCGACCGAUCAUCACGCCGCGCUUCGCCAUCUCCUGCUCCGUUCCCUUGAUGCGCCAGCUCGGCCAGCUGGCCGCCGAGACACAGCUGCCGAUCCAGACGCACAUCUCGGAGAACGAGACCGAGAUCCGCACCGUGAGGGAGCUCUUCCCGCCAUCUGCUACGGGCGCGCAGGACGACUCCUACGCCGGCCUGUACGACGCCAUGGGCCUGCUCACGCACCGCACCGUCCUCGCGCACGCGGUGCACCUCACGGAGGGCGAGGCCGCGCUGGUGGCGGCACGGAAGGCUAAAAUCAGCCACUGCCCGUGCAGCAACUCGGCGCUGACCAGCGGCGCGGCGCGCGUGCGCUGGUUGCUGGACAGGGGGAUCGUGUGUGGCUUGGGGACGGACAUGAGCGGUGGGUUCAGCCCCAGUAUCCUCGCCGCGGCGAGGCAUGCCGUGCUGGUUAGUCGGCACCGGGCGAUGGGCUGUUACUCGAGUUCAGAGGAAGGCGAGAGGGAGAAAUUGAGUGUCGAGGAGGUGCUGUUCCUUGCUACGAGGGGCGGCGCGGAGGUGGUGGGGUUAGAAAAGAAGGUGGGUGGGUUCGAGGUCGGGAUGGAGUGGGAUGCACAACUGGUUGGGUUGGGCAUGGUGGACGAGGAAGGGAAGGUGUCGGAGCAAGACGGCGGCGGCGAUGUGGAUGUUUUUGGGUGGCAGGGCUGGGAGGAUAUGGUUCCGAAAUGGAUGUAUAACGGGGACGACCGGAACACCAAGAAGGUGUGGGUGAAGGGGCGGCUGGUGCAUGAGCGCAAAUGAGAUGGUGAUGACUUCUUACGAUCUCGAUAGAACGUAGACUCCUGGGAACGAUAGAAUCGAGGGUGUCUGUAAUGGGAGGUUAGACUCGCUUUUCCAGACGCUUGUA